UGUAUUGAAUUAUGUUGGGAACUUUUAAUAUAUGUCACCGGUGUAAUUCAAAAGAAGGGAAAAUUAUCAAUGACACCGUCCACUGUGUUUCUUAUUAGUUGAAUCUAAUCUUACUAAUGCACAAUAUAGUAAUUAUCUCGCGUUAAAGCGAACAUUAAUGUUUGUGUAUAAAAUUGGGUGAACUAUAUUUGAUCACAGCUUUCGUUAAUUGGUCGUUCCCUAUUUUACGGGACAGAGGAAAUGGCUUUUAAUCAACAACAAAUCAAUCAAUGAACUUUUCUCAUAAUUCUUCACUUUUCAUUUGGACUUUAUAUCAAAUAUUCUACUGGUAAGUAGAUAAUAUAUCCACAUUACAUCCGUUCCACUCAUGUAAAUAGAAGUUUGUGACAUCUGAGACAAGGAACUGAACCAUAAUAGAUUAAUUCACAGGCAUUUCUCAGCUUUUAAGCAGUUCGUCGAGAAUUAAUAUGGAGAACGUUGAUCACUUGGACACGUUUAACACAACUGUUGUUAACAAUGUAGAUACAGUUAGAGAGACAGACGGAGGUGAGAAUGUUGUAGAGAAAAAUGUUGCUGAAUAUUCCUGUGAGAUUUGUAGGAAGACAUUCUCUUCAGAAGAGGAGGUCAUCACACACAAAAAAAUACACAAGAAAGAAAAACAGUUCCAUUGCGAAAUAUGUGGGAAAUAUUUUGCCUCAAACUGUUAUUUAAUAAGUCACAGAAGAAUCCACACUGGAGAGAAACCAUACCAUUGUGAGAUAUGUGGGAAAUCUUUUACUCAGAAUUCCAAUCUUUUAGUUCACAAAAAAAUACAUACUGGGGAAAAAGCGUUCCAUUGUAAAUCGUGUGGGAAAUCUUUUGCUCAGAAUGGUCAUCUUAUCAACCACAUACGCAGUCACACAGGAGAGAAAGCUUUCCACUGUGAAAUUUGUGGGAAAUCCUUCACUCAGAAUGGUCAUCGGGUUAAACACAUUCGUAGUCACACUGGAGAAAAACCAUUUAGUUGUGACAUUUGUGGGAAAUCUUUCUCGGAUAAUUCUAGUGUUGUCGUUCACAAACGUAGCCACACUGGAGAGAAACCCUAUCAUUGUGAAAUAUGCGGGAAAUCGUUUGUUUCUCAUGGUAGUUUAACAAAACACAAAAUAAUACACACGGGAAAGAAAGUAUUUCACUGUGAAAUAUGUGGUAAAUCUUUUAAUCAGAACUCACACCUUGUUAGUCACAAACGUAGUCACACUGGCGAAAAAGCCUUCCAUUGUAAUAUAUGUGGAAAAUCUUUCACUCAAAAUUCUCGUCUUGUUAUCCACACACGUAGCCACACUGGAGAGAAACCUUUCCACUGUGAAAUUUGUGGUAAAUCAUUCUGUGACCAUUCUAGUCUUGUAGUUCACAAACGUAGCCACACUGGAGAAAAACCAUAUUGCUGUGAUACAUGCGGCAAGACAUUUGUUUCAAACAGUAUUUUAACAAAACACAAAAUGAUCCACACUGGAGAAAAGCGGUUUCCUUGUGAAAUAUGUGGAAAAUCUUUCAUUAAUAAUCCAAGCCUUCUUAGUCACAAACGUAUUCAUACAGGAGAAAAAGCCUUUCACUGUAAAAUAUGUGGGAGAUCUUUCACUCAGAAUUCUCAUCUUGCUAUCCAUACUCGUAGUCACACUGGAGAAAAACCUUUCCAUUGUGAGACAUGUGGUAAAUCAUUCUCUGAUAAAUCCUGUCUUAUAAUUCACAAACGAAGCCAUACAGGAGAAAAACCAUUUCACUGUGAACUAUGCAAGAAAUCUUUUGUCUCUAACAGUAGUUUAACAAAACACAAACAAAUACACACAAGAGAAAAACUUACCUAGGGAAGAAAAAAAGAAAUUUAUCUCUGUUUAGCUUUUCAAUAUAUAAAUGUUGGUGCAUACAUAUUUGUUUAUCCAAUAUGUAAAAAUGGAAGCGGUGGAGGCGCAAUGGCCCAGUGGUUAGGGCAGCGGACUCGCGGUCAUAGGAUCGCGGUUUCAAUUCCCAGACUGGACAUUGUGAGUGUUUAUUGAGCAAAAAACACCUAAAGCGCCAUGAGGCGCCGGCAGGGGAUGGUGGCAAACCCUGCUGUACUCUUUCACCACAACUUUCUCUC